UAAUAUUUUUUACUGCUUACUUCUAUUGAAAUAUUCAGCGAGCAAAACCAAUAGCACAAGACAAAGGACAAAACUUGCAAUGAACAUCAGACAGAAAAAUUACAAUAACAUUUCUUGUAUCGGAAAAAUCAUUGUAGUUGUAAUCUUUGUUCCUCAGCAUUCAUGUAUUUGAACAUGAUGCUUCUUCUUCUUGUGAUCCUUUUUGUUUUACAAGGUUUUCCAAUACCAACAUGCUAUUGCCAGACCAAUACUCCUCAGAACAUUGAAACAUUUUAUCCAAUUCAAACACCCAAACCACCCCUCCUAAUCCAACCUCCUGAGGCACAACCAAAGCCACAAGCAUCACCACCAUCACCAAGACCAGUGGCUGCAUCAAAAACCUCUUCAUCAAGCAGUAAGAUCGGAACAGCGGUGGCUGCAACAGCAGCAGGUACUCUAGUUGUUUCUGGUUUGAUUUUCUUCUUGGUUCAAAGGUGCUUCAGAGCAAGGAAGAGAAAGGAGGCCAAAAACAACACUGCUUCCGCUGUGGAUAGGCGCGUUGUGCCUCAGGUAGACGUGUUCAAGAGAAUGGAAGGGAACGUCAAGGGACUAAUUGUUGAUGAUGAUGGUUUGGAUGUGGUUUACUGGAGAAAACUCGAAGGUAAGAAAUUACCUGACAAGGAUUUCCAAAGGGAGGUUUUGGAUAGCACCGAAGACAAAAUAGAAGAUGAUCAUGAGGGGAACAAUGGGAAAAGAUCUGAGUCCAUUCAAGAAACUCUUCUGCUUAGAGACAGAUCUUCAGCAUCUCACAUGAAUAUAUUUCUUCCAGAACAGUCAUAUACAAUCAUGAGAAUUCCACCUCCUGCUCCUCCUCCCAGUGUUCCUUCAUCAAUUGGAGGCUCUUCUACUCAACUAUCUUCUCCACCCUUUACCCCUUCAUCACCAAAACCACUCAACACUUUUUUCUCAUCAAUUCCAAACACGUCAAGUCCUGCACCACCAAUUCCGCCUCCAACAAUACCUGAUAGAAAUAAUCAAGCACCAGCACCACCUCCUCCUCCACCACCAAUCCCGGGUAUAAAAAGCUCAGCACUGCCUCUGCCUCCUCCUCCACCAAUCCCAGUUAAAAAGAGCUCAACGCCUCCACCACCUCCUCCACCAAUUCCUCCUAGAAAGAGUCCAGCACCACCUCCUCCUCCACCAAAGGCACAUGGUUUGAAGUCAUCAUCAAAACCACCACCUACCCCUAUUGAAAGAACACCAAGUACCACAAGUAAAGAAGGCAACACUUCACCUGAGGUAAAACUGAAGCCAUUACAUUGGGAUAAGGUGACUACCAACCUUGAUCACUCUAUGGUAUGGGACAAAAUGGACCGAGGUUCUUUCAGGGUUGAUGAUGAUCUUAUGGAAGCUCUUUUCGGGUUAGUGGCUGCCAACCGAAAUGACAGUACCCCAAAAGUAAAUAAUUCAAUGAGUCCUAGCAGGGAUGCUUUGGCUCCAUCAGUGAAUACCUUCAUUCUUGACCCCAGAAAAUCACAAAACAUUGCUAUUGUUUUGAAGUCUCUGGCGGUCUCGCGCAAAGAAAUUAUUGAAGCACUCAUUGAUGGUCAAGGCCUUAAUGCAGACACCAUCGAAAAGCUUGGUAGAGUAGCCCCAACAGAAGAAGAGCAAACACUUAUAGUUGCAUAUGAAGGAAACCCUUCAAAACUUGCUGCAGCUGAAUCUUUCCUACAUCACAUCCUCAGAGCAGUUCCUUCGGCAUUUAAGCGCUUGAAUGCUUUGUUAUUCAGGUUGAAUUAUGAUUCUGAGAUUGUAGAAAUCAAGGAGUUUCUGCAGACACUUGCACUGGGGUGCAAGGAGCUUCGAAACCAAGGAAUGUUUGUGAAGCUUCUUGAAGCAGUGCUUAAGGCCGGAAAUCGCAUGAAUGCAGGCACUCAAAGGGGCAAUGCUCAAGCUUUCAACUUGGUUUCUCUCAGAAAGCUCUCUGAUGUCAAGAGUACUGAUGGAAAAACCACAUUGCUUCGCUUUGUGGUUGAAGAAGUAGUUCGUGCGGAAGGAAAACGCGCUGUUCUUAACCGCAAUCACAGUUUGAGCCGUAGUAGCAGUAGGAACAGCAACAGCAGUGUGGACUCUCAAAACUCUGCUGUUUCAAAUGAACAAAGGCAAAGGGAAUACAUAACACUAGGAUUGCCAGUUGUAGGAGGGAUCAGUUCCGAGUUUUCCAACUUAAGGAAAGCUGCGGUUACAGAUUACAAAAGUUUUGUUGGUUCAAUCUCAUCACUCUCAGCUAGGAUUGUUGAGAUUAGAGAACUUGUUUCCCAGUGUGGAAAUGACAAAGGAGGCAACUUUGUGAGAGAAAUGAACAAUUUUCUUGAAAAUGCUGAGGAGGAACUUAGAUUAGUGAGGGAGGAGCAAACAAGGGUAAUGCAGCUUGUCAAAAGAACAACAGAUUAUUAUCAAGGAGGAUCUUCAAAAGAGAGUGCAGAAAACCCUCUUUAUCUAUUUGUCAUAGUUAAGGAUUUUCUGGGAAUGGUUGAUCAAGCAUGCAUUGAGAUUGCUCGUAACAUGCAGAAGAGAAAGACAAAGACAUCUUUGUAAUAGUCUGCAGAGGUUCCAGCACAAUGGACUUUGGAGAUUUAACAUAGCAGAUCAUCGAAGUCAAGGAUUGGCCUAACUCAUUCAACUUUUUUCUAUUGGACCAUUUGCAUAUUGGAGCUGAAGUGCUAAAAGUCAGAGUUCAAAAUGAAAACAUUACUUGCUUUGUUCCAUUCAAGAUAUGAAUGACAUAGGUCCCAAUUUGUGGUGGCUCAUAAGAGAGGACCUUGUGCUGUUAAGUGCCAACCAUUGGAGGUUUAGAAAUACUGUGAAAGCAGUGUGUGCUUUUGCAUUGAUAUGGGUCAGCUUGUGUCUGGCAAAUUCAGAAGCUAAAACCAUUCUUGAAACGCUAACAUUUUUUCAAAUUUUAACCUCUAAAAUGUACGUGUCACAUGUACAGAGAAAUAUUGUUCUUGAGCAUUUUCAAAUCUCGUGUAUAUAUAGAUCUUAGAUUCUUCUGUCAUCAGCCAGAAAAGUCCAUAACAUGUUCCGUUUCUUUUCAUUUUCUACUGUAUUUGCAAGUUCAAUGAAAGGAUGUUCUUUUAAUUAGAUCUAA